CCGCCCCAAGUCUAAACAGCCACAUCCACAAAUACUUCGUUCCUAUCUUUUUUUGGUGACCAUUCCAUUCAAGAACAUGAUUUUAAACAUACAGUCACAACAUUCCAAGUGUAGAAAAAACGAAAUCUAAACAUUCCAAACCUGCCACACCAAACAAAAAGCAAUGCCUUCUCCUAGUUUACUCCAAAUACAAAGGCUGUUAACAGAAACGAAACACUCAACACUUUACCGAACACACGCAUUGUCUUCCCCAUAAACAAGAGUCUUUUUAAUCUCUCUCUGACAUCAGAGAGACUCUUCACGUGCCAAACAAAAAAAAACUCAACACCUUCCUCCCACAAUGGCCACGGACUCCGUCAAGCACGUGCCUACACUCAGCGGGGCAGCCAUCUCCACCGAAAUGAAAAGCUUUUUCACCGCCGUGAAACCAACGAAAACCAUCAUAACUUUUGUCUACGCCUCCUUCAUAACCUUUGUUGCGUUUACUGUUUACUUAGCCUUCACCCCGUCUCUCAUCACCUUUGUGUAUUCCGUCUCUUCCUAUAUCCUCCCAAAUGUCACAGCCGUGACUUCACCGUCCAAUUUCACAACUAACACCACAUCGCGAGCACCCGCGCCGCGGGGAAGUCUCACUCCGGCUACCCUUAAAUCUUCCGCCGCUAAUGAAACAAACAUACUUUCUAUAAAAAACGCUUCACUGUCUCGGACCGAGCAUGCAAGUGUACACUUAUGUCCUAACAACAAUACUGACAAACAAGCACCUCUGUCCGUGAAUUCAAGUGCUUCUCCGAUGAGGAAACAAAGUAGAACUAAACGAGAAAUCAAGUCUCUCAAGAACUGCGAGUUUUUCGAAGGAGAAUGGGUCAAAGACGAUUCGUACCCGCUUUACAAACCCGGUACGUGCACUAUCAUCGACCAGCAGUUUAACUGUAUGGCCAACGGAAGACCAGACGUUGAGUUUUACAAACUGAAGUGGAAACCUAAAGAAUGCACUUUACCAAGGCUGGACGGAGGCAAGUUGCUGGAGAUGAUUAGAGGAAGAAGGCUCGUGUUCGUUGGAGACUCGCUGAAUAGAAACAUGUGGGAGUCUUUGGUUUGUAUUCUUAAAGGAUCAGUUAAAGAUGAGAGACAAGUCUUUGAAGCUCAUGGAAGGCAUCACUUUCGUGGGGAAGCUGAGUACUCUUUCGUCUUUAAAGAAUAUAAUUGCACUGUGGAGUUCUUUGCGUCUCCUUUCUUGGUUAGAGAAUGGGAAGCUAAGGACAAGAACGGGACGAAGAAGGAAACUUUGCGUCUAGAUAUGAUGGGGAAGUCAUCAGAGCAGUACAUAGGAGCGGAUGUACUUGUGUUCAAUACCGGAUCUUGGUGGACUCAUGACAAAACAUCCAAGGGUGAGGAUUAUUAUCAAGAAGGAAGCAAUGUUUACCCGAUACUCGACGUUGAUGAAGCUUUUACAAAAGCAUUGACUACAUGGGGUAGAUGGGUUGAUAAAUAUGUGAAUCCAAAUAAGUCUCUUGUCUUCUUCAGCGGAUACUCGCCAUCACACUUCAGUGGAGGGCAAUGGAAUGCAGGAGGGGCAUGCGAUGAUGAAACAGAACCGAUCAAGAACGAGACUUACCUAAGGCCUUACCCAACCAAGAUGGAGAUACUCGAAAGCGUGCUAAGGGGAAUGAAAACGCCGGUCACGUAUCUCAACAUAACGAGGUUAACAGAUUACAGGAAGGACGCUCACCCGUCUGUUUAUAGGAAACAGAAAUAUACGGUAAUAGAAAGAAGAUCACCGUUGUUGUACCAAGACUGCAGUCACUGGUGCCUCCCAGGGGUUCCUGAUUCUUGGAACGAGAUUCUCUAUGCCGAGAUGCUUGUAAAGCUCGACCAGCUCCGUGGCAACAGACGGCAGAAACCUAAACUAGUAUAGGAGUUGAAUCAGAUUCUUGUUUUAGAUGAAAUACACUUAUCUUUUCAAAGGCAUAAAGAAAGUAAGAGAUGAGAAUCAUACUAUAGUGCCUUGGUCAUCACUUUUCUUGGUUGUAUACUAUUGAUGGGAGAGGUUUGAGAUUGUAAAUGUUUUUUUUUUAUUUUACUCAAUUUAAUAGUAAAGGUUUGUCAAA